GGGUCAUCGAAUUACCUUUUCGAUCACAUCGUGCAGAUGAACACCAGUACAAUUCAACUAUCGUCUUCUCCUCAAGUCUCAUGGUCAACGGUUAAAGCACAAGAGAAAGACGCAGAAUAUCUUUCGCUUCGAUUACUUAACAAGCGUGCUCGCAUACGAUUAUCCAAACAACCUCUUGACUUGGACGCUCAUGAUGGAAAGGGGAAUUAUUUUGUUGUUUCGAAUUUGAAAGGGUGGUUUGUUGCAAUUGGGCGAAGUCCUGAAGCGGGAUACCAAAUUGUAUUCUCCCCGCUUAGCGAUCUUCGAGGGUCAAUUAUUUCCUCAAAGUCAGAGGACGAUGAGAGCUUCACGGCAAAACGUGUUCUGCAAGUGGCGGGAGUGCCUGUACAUUUGGCGUUGGCCCUUAAUGACGAGCGACUGGUAGUCGGAUCGGCAGAUGGAUCAGUAUUCGUAUUUGAUACAUCUCCGCUAUUUACGCCAGGAGCUGAUGCGGUCGAGCCUUUACGAACUUUCCCUCCGGCACCACCUGGUCCAAUACAACAGAUCUUGGGCAAUCCAGGGGAUCUUCCAGAGCUAGUAGCAGUCCGAAGAGAUCCGAAAAGUGGCUCAGACGGGUUAGUUGUUGAGAUCAUCGAUACCAGACAAUUGCAAUCUAUAAGUGGAUGGGCUUGCAAUACUAUAGAAUCAAUACCAACGUCCGUUGUGUGGUCGGCCAAGGGAAAACAGCUGGCCAUCGGUCUUAGAAAUGGCGAUAUCAUGACAUAUAGCCCUUCUGAUACGAAAACACCGAAGUUGCACGUCCCAAAACCGCCGUGUGUGGGUGAAAGAAGCAUCAUAACAGUGCUGUGGUUGACAAACCAAGCAUUCUAUGGCAUUUACACGCCCCCUGGUGAUUUCAGUCCAGAGGUUUCGCAAAAGCACGUCUUAACUCUGUUUGACCCUAAGGCGAAUUCUGCUACUCAGAUAGCGCUCGAGAAGCCAUAUUAUCCGUCGCCCGCACUACGACCCCCCGGAUCGUUCACUGUUGCCAUGCGCAAUUGGAAUCCUACGAAGAUACUUGUUUUCGUUGCUGACACCACGUCGAGCGAUAUUGGUCUUAUUGGUAGCGUUUCGGAGGACAAUACGAUGGAAACUUGGUGCAACUUGACCUUAGAAGAAACAUCUACGCCGAGCGUACCAUAUGAUAAAGACGGGGAGGAUACUGUGCCUCUCGCUUUAGACAUGGACCUUACUGCUGGCCAGGAUACAUCUGCAUUUCCUAUCCUGUAUGUUUACGCAAGUGAUGGGACUCUACAGGCGUGGUUUGUCUCCAAUGACAAGGGAGGCACUUAUCCUGGAAUGAUUACUCCAUCAGUGGCCAGUACCUCAUCAACGCAGUCAACUGACAGUUCAUCCACCACCUCGUCGGCAUUUGCGCAACUAUCAGGAAUGUCUACCUUUGGUACAACUGGAUUUGGGCAACCUCAGGGCGGUGGGUUCGCGAGCUCAGUCACCGAUUCGCCAUCAAAGCCCGCCUUUGGCCAGUCAAACACACCUGGCUUCGGCUCGUCUGCCUUUGCUCAACAGCCCACUGUGCCUGCAUUCGGUCAGACAUCGGCCUUUGGACAAUCCUCUGUUGGGUCUCCAUUCGGAAGCUCGGCGCAGUCUGCGUUUGGACAAGGACUAGGGAGUGGUUUUGGUGCAUUUGCAUCAUCUGGAUCGUCGAAGUUCGGCUCAACGGGAUUCGGAUUCGGAACAUCGUCACCUGCCGCAGGACAGCCAAGCACACCUACAAAACCACCUCCAGCGGUUGAUGUAUCAUCUCCGGAGGCGGAUAUGGCUGAAGCUGAUGAUGGCGAUACCGACCGGCUGGGUGGUCUGUCAUUAGGUGGAGCAAGUGAUACAAAUAAGUCCCAGGAUGGCGCCGUGAAUAGCAUGUUCGGUGCUUUUGUACAGACCUCUACUCCAGAGAAACCAGAAACAUCGCCUUUCGGUGGUGAAACAAGCGGUUCAAACGCCUUCGGUGCAUUUGGUAGUACGCAGGGCUCUGGCUUUUUGAGGCCCGCAUCUGGUUUUGGGGCUUUCCUCAAACCCACGGAGCCUCAAUCUGUGCCAAAUAAUACAAGCUCUGACAAAGAGACGAAGACUUCUCCAGCAUUUGGUACUUCCGGUUUUGGAACUGCAAAGCCUCAAUCCGCGUUUGGCCAAACAGGGUUUGGUCAACCUUCGCCCUUCGGGGCUUCAUCAGCGUUUGGAAAAUCCUCGGCUUUUGGUUCGCCCGCUCCUCCUUCCACUUCAGCAACCGGGACGGGUGGAGGGUUCGGUGCAUUCGCCGGCGCUUCUAAGGGUUUCAGUUCGUUUGCUCAGGAUGGUACAACUGGCUUCAGUCAGCAAGCACAAACCCUCCAGACAAAGCCCAGUGAAGCCCCAAGUAUUGCAAUGGCAACUUCCAGCGAGGAUCCAGGGAACCCCCCAAGUUCUUCAAAUUUUGAGCAGAAGUCACCCUCGCCAUUCGGUACUCCACAAGCCUCGAGCUCUGGGUUUCCGAGUGCAUUCGGAAUCAAUCAACAAUCCUCUGCGAAGGCGCAAGAGCAAAAGUCGAGUGUAUUUGGGAUACCAACAGCUCGUAGUCGAUCGCAGUCAUCUAGCCCAGAAGGCAGUCCGAAUCUCGGACAGAAACCUAAGCCUAAAGCUCUACAAGACGAAUCGUCGAUUGACAUCGCUGAGCAGCCGUCAUCGAGCCCAGCUCCCUCAGCUCAAUCAACUACACCAUUCGGUACUCCCACGUCUUCUGCAUUCAAAGCUUCUGGUGCCGCACCGGCUGGCGGUGCAUUUGGAGGCUUGACAUCAACGCCAUCCGUGUUCAAGCCGUCUGAAGGCUUUGGAGCAUUUGGCGCCAGUGCGUCGGUUUCUAGCACAUCACCAUUCGCGAAUCCAAGAUCUACUGGUGUUAGUGCAUUCAGCACACCUGCUAAACCAGUCUCUGCCUUUGCUGUUGGGGGAUCUGGGCCAGCGAGCGCAUUCCAAACCCCUACUACGGGUUCGACAACUCCGAAGUUUGGGUCUCCGUCCACCCCAGGUGCUACGUCUGUUUUUGGGAAAUCAUCAUUUGGUUCACCUUCUACUCCAGGUCCUUUGAGCACAACCCCUUUGACGACACCUGCAGGGAAUGCGUUUAGUGGGUAUAGUGGAUCUGGGGGAUUUAGUGCCUUUGCAAAGGCGGGAAAGCCAUCCUCGUUCAGUGAUUUGCUGAAGGGACAGAAGGACGAGGACACCAGUCCGGCUGCUUCCGAAACUCCCGCGGCAGGUAAGGACAAGAAGGGAGACGAAUCGUUCAUUACUAUUUCUAAGCCGGACGAGCUGGAUCAGGAUAAUCUCCCGCCUACGCCUUCGACUCACGGCACAUUCGACGAAGAAGACCAGAAUUUGGGAGACGAACAAGAACACGAUGAUGCCGACUCCUUUAUAUCUGAGUCGUUUUCUGGGGAAGAGGAAGCACCAGAAGAGGAAGAAGAGGAAGAAGAUAGUGCAGAAGAAGAGGAGGGACAGGAGGAAGAAGGUGAAGAAGAAGAGCUUGUGGAACGGACACCAUCGCACGCAAGGACUCAAAGCCCGUCUGCUAUUCCCCUACCUCCAACUCCUGAUUCCAGGGACCUUACACCCGAAUCUGCUCCUGCGCUUGAGAAAAAGGAGUCAAUGUCCUCAACAGAUUCGUCUGAGAAGUCAGGCAAACCCAGCACCGCUGCGUCGGCGAAAGGGAAGUCCCCUUCUCCCAUCAUUACACAGCUCCCUGACGACUCUGCUGCCAAGAAAUCUGCUCCUCUUAAGUCACCGCCUCCAUUCUUUGCCAAGGCAGGUGCCUCUGGAAUUCCGACGUUAUUUGGCAAGCCAUUGGCUCCCACUGACAAGGUGCCCGUCGGCACGAGUAAAUCCGCAUCGCCUUCUCCCCCGCCAUCGCUUUUCGGGCAGAAGACUGAACCAUCAGGUGCUGAGGCAACGAAGCCUUCAGUGCAGAGUGUCUUCUCCAAACCUGUCUCAUCUGUUCGCGAGGGAUCAACUACACCUCCUGGUUCCCCUAGCAGACCAGAUGAUAUUACACUAUUGCCAGCUCCCAAACCCACUGGUCCUUCACCCGCAAUCCUGAUUGGCUUGGGGCGACCUAGUUCACGGCCAACGAGAAGCUCACCUCUCGCAGGAACACCCGUCUCUGGCGAAGAAGACAAAGAAUCUCCGAACAUUCCGUCCUCGCAAUCUGCUCCUGUUUUUCGCAAACCUCGCCCGGCGUCACCAAAAGUGCCGUUUGGACAGACGGCUCCCACUACUGCAGCCCAACAGACGCCUGUACUUCCUCCUUUCGCAAGACCUGAUGAGAAGCAGGGCCAGAGUUCUCCCCUUCUUCCCGCGGGCCUGCCGCCGAAGCCUUUCACGCCUCCUCCUUCGCAAGGACCGAGCGCCACGCUUCCUACAACGCCCGCUGCGCCGCAAAACCUCUUCCCGACUUCCGGCAAUGCACCGUUCAUUAUGCCAUCAACGGCACCAACCAGUUUAACAGAUAGAACUUUACCAGGCGCAGGCAUUUUGAAUGCCAACGAUGUCAAACCACAGGGCGCACUUUUCCAAGCUGGUGCUCAGCGAGUGGCAACACAAACAUCAUUCGAGUCUAGUAUGCAGAGAGAAUGCCAAGCUCUCUAUGUGUCUAUGGCGGAGGAAUUUGAGCAAAUGUCAACGAUGAGUAGGGCUGCUAUUACAAUGAGGACACUGUAUGGGAGAUCAACAGCGGCGGCUCAUUCUCGGGAAGAUUUGAAAGAGAGGACGAAGUGGUUAUUUGGAGACUUGGAAACAUUUGGAAGGCUGGUGAAAGGUCUCGAGAAAGACGUCCUUGCAGUAUAUAAAUUGAAGGAUGAAUUCAUACCUCUCAUGCGGGAAAUAGAGAGCAAUCUUCUAAAGGCCGAGACGCGAAAGGAGGAGAUCGUUAGGUUCUCCAAGGCCAAAGCAGACCCUGAGUUUGCGAAGAUGCUCAAAGCUAGGACGCUUGGUCCCGAUGCGUCGGAAACACAGCUCCAUUUGAGAAGGCAAAUCCGAGUUAUCAAUGACAGAGUUGAGCAGCUCGAAGCACAUCUCAAAUCAUGUAAGAAGAAACUGGAGGAGCAUCGUAAGGGCAAGAGUAGUAUCAAGCCUCCUUCCUUAGACACAGUGAAUCGUAUCUACCGAAAUAUUGAGGUCGCCAUCGAGUCGCAAGCCGACCAAAUUGAAACGCUAACUUCUCGGGUCGCUAAACUGGACUUGGACGUACUUGAUACGACUUUACAUGGUCGAUUUUCUUCACCCCGACGCAAGUCUACCCGAAAGGGGGUUUUCUCUGUUUCAGGUGCUGCUCCUGAGGACGACGAGAAACCAAUAUCCGUCCGAUCGCAUAUUACGCCCUCGAUAGCUGCUAGCACUGCGGCAGCACUGAAUGCCGAGCGGAGUGCUUUGCGCCUUAAGAACGCCUUAACAAACGCACGGAGGGCUCCUCUGUUGAAUACACAAGCGGCUAAUUCAUCGAAACGAAUCCUAAAUUUGGAUAACUUAUCUGUCGGAGAGGGCUCUGAUGUCCCUGCCUCUGUCGCUGAUGUGAAGAGCGAGCUUCCCGUAGACUUGGACGCGAGUUUGGACGACCUACGAGACCGAGACGAAGGAACGAGCGGAGAUAAUUCGCGGCGAACGCAGCGGCAUUCCGCACAUCAUCAGAAAUCUGUGAGGUUGGGUAAGACGCAGACGCAGGUACCAGCCUCGAUUACGGCAUUUGAUUGGGGUCCUUUACCAAAGGCUAAACCGAUGGCUACGCUUCCUGUGGACAUUCGACCGCAGGCGAUCAAUAGGAAGGCUUCCUCGUAAGGGAUUUACAUGUGUUUGCCUUUCCUGCUUUGUUUAUGCAAGAUCUGGUUGUUCGUGCAUUUACAUGUUUGCAUCCUGCAUGUUUUGUAGUGGCUUUGCUCCCCAAUAUUGUGUUCUCGUACCUGUAGUUGUUCUGAAGCAAUGUUACAUAAAUGACUUUUGUGAUAAU